AUGAGUUCCAUUGGUACGGGUUACGACUUAGCAGCGUCAACUUUCUCCCCCGAUGGACGCAUCUUCCAAAUUGAAUAUGCUCAAAAAGCAGUGGAUAAUAGUGGCACGAUGAUAGCACUUCGUGGAAAGAACGGAGUAGUUACCGCUGUUGAUAAAGUGAUAACCUCAAAGAUGUAUGAAGAGAAUGCAAAUCCACGUAUGUUCAACGCCAAUGAGAAUAUCGGACUUGCACUGGCUGGAGUUUAUCCAGACUGCCGAGCUCUGAAGGACUACGCUUGUAACGAGGCUGUCAAAUAUCUCAAAGAUUAUCGUGAACCUAUGCCUGUGCAGAAGCUGGCCAAUGCUCUAGCAGAGUAUGUCCACAUUUUCACGCUUGGAAUAAGUCGUCCAUUUGGUGCCUCUGCGUUCUUCACAUCUUGGGAUGAAAAGGAAGGCGGUAAGCUGUUCCUUGUCGAGCCCUCAGGACUAUGUUACGAAUAUAAGGCGUGGGCUGUUGGAAAACACAGACAAGCCGCGAAGGCCGAAAUAGAGAAACUAAAAUUGGAAGAUUUUGACAUGAAGGAUUUAGUGAAGGAAGCUGCACGAAUAAUCAUUGCUAUCCGAGACGAGAAUAAGGAUAAGGAUGUUCAAAUUGAACUUGGAUGGGUAGGCGCUCACACAGAUGGAAGACAUGAGACCGUUCCCAAUAAUGUCGUUGCGGAAGCUGAAGAAUGGGCGCGUGCUAAACUAGACGAAGAUGAUAUGGAUGAAUAG